GGGAGAGAGAGAGAGACAGGGAGCAAAUGUGCACGGCGGCGGCGAGGGAGGGAGGACAGCGCAAAUAGGUGCACAUCAUCAUCAUCAUCAUCAUCGGCGGCGGAGCAUCUUCCUCUUCCUCAUCUCCACCGCGAACGAGUGACAUUCUCGCCCCCCGAUACGCGGCGGAAGAGUCCUCCAGCCCUCCUCCGCUCGUCCAUCCACCAGCUCCCGGCGGCGGACACUUUCUUUCCAACCCCCUUCCCCUCGUCCUCUCUCCGGACUGGGUUUAUUCUUAGCUCGGCUGCAGGAGACAGUUGUUGCCACCCACACCCCCACCCCCCCAGUCCCCCCACCCCGGCCCCCUCCCCACCCCCUUCCGUCGCCCUGCGUCCACCCGGCCCUUGGGCUGAUUUCUCCCACUUUGUUGAAUAUUUCAUGGGGAAAAUGGCGAUGGGAGCCCCGUCGUACGGCGCGCUGAGUCUCCUGUGCAUCCAAACUGUACUUCUCGUGUGCGUGUCCACGCCGACCGCCGGGACGCACCACUUCCCGCAGCACUACACAAUGAUUCACUGGGCUGCACGCAUCGAGAAGGAGCUGGAAAAAGUUCUUCAGCAUGUCACCGGGACUCAGCAAAUGAAAUCGAUUUACAAUGAGAAGAGGAGCCAGUUUGAAAUCAAGAGAAACAACCCCAAGGACCUUGUGGAGAGAGUGGCCCGGGACAUUUCCAAGCUGCUAAACAGUAAGAGGAAAUCCCUGGAGAAACUGGCCAAGGAGGCAGAGCAGCUUCAGAAGGAUCACGAGUGGCAAGACGGAGUGACGGAGAAUGCCAUUUCAUACUACGAUUCCAAAGCGGAUUCAGACUAUACAGAGGACGGAGAAGAGGAAAAUCCGCUGGAGAGCUCGUCUUCUCUGGAGCUGGAGUUUGUGGACGAUCCCAAUUUCAAAAACAAGGUCAACUACUCAUCCAGCGCCGUGCAGAUUCCGACCGACAUCUACAAAGGCUCUCCGGUCAUCUUGAACGAGUUGAACUGGACGCAGGCGCUGGAGCGUGUCUUCAUCGAGAACCGCCGUGAAGACAGCUCCCUCCGCUGGCAGGUGUUUGGCAGCGCCACGGGUGUGACACGCUACUACCCAGCCACUCCAUGGAGAGCGCCCAACAAGAUUGACCUCUACGAUGUCCGCCGCAGGCCGUGGUACAUUCAAGGCGCGUCCUCUCCAAAGGACAUGGUCAUCAUCGUGGAUGUGAGUGGGAGUGUCAGCGGUCUCACUCUCAAGCUGAUGAAGACCUCCGUCAUCAAGAUGCUGGACACGCUCUCGGAUGACGAUUACGUGAACGUAGCCAGAUUUAAUGAUGAGGCCGACGCCGUGGUGCCCUGCUUCAGGACUUUGGUCCAAGCCAACGUGCGCAACAAGAAGAUUUUCAAGAAGGCCGUCAUGCACAUGCAAGCCAAAGGAACCACCGACUACAAAUCCGGGUUCACGUUUGCCUUCGAGCAGCUUCUCAAUGAGAGCAGCGCUCCGCGGGCUAACUGCAAUAAGAUGAUCAUGAUGUUCACAGACGGCGGUGAGGAUCGGGCGCAGGAUAUCUUCGAGAAGUACAACUGGCCCAACAAAACGGUACGUGUGUUCACCUUUUCUGUGGGUCAGCAUAAUUAUGACGUAACCCCGCUGCAGUGGAUCGCUUGUGCCAACAAAGGUUACUACUUUGAAAUCCCAUCGAUCGGAGCCAUCCGAAUCAACACUCAGGAGUACUUGGAUGUCCUGGGACGUCCCAUGGUGCUGGCCGGCUCCAAAGCCAAACAGGUGCAGUGGACCAACGUCUACCAGGAUGCUUUGGGGUUGGGCCUAGUCAUCACGGGGACCAUGCCGGUCUUCAACCUCACUGCUGAUAGUGCAAGCGCGCAGAACCAGCUCAUCCUUGGAGUCAUGGGCGUGGAUAUCGCCAUCAACGAGAUCAAAAAGAAGACGCCCACGUACAGACUCGGCGCCAACGGUUACACCUUUGCGACCGAUCCAAACGGUUACGUGCUGCUCCACCCCAACCUGCGACCUAAGAUCAUCAACUUCAGGGAGCCUGUCACGCUGGACUUUCUCGACGCAGAACUGGAGGACAGCAACAAGGAGGAAAUCCGAAAACAAAUGAUUGAUGGCAAACCUGGGCAGCGGAAAAUCAAGACGCUCAUUAAGUCAGUUGAUGAGAGGUACAUCGACGAGGCCGUGCGAACGUACACGUGGACGCCGGUGGAUGGCACAGACUACAGUCUAGGGUUGGUACUGCCCACAUAUAGCGAGAGCCACAUCAAAGCCAACCUAAGCGACCAGAUCCUGCAGGUGCAGUUGUCAUACAUCCAGGAUUUUGAGUCACUGCUGCCAAACAGUUUUGAGUCUGAAGGACAUAUAUUCAUUGCUCCCAGGGAAUACUGCAACGAUCUGGAGUUGUCAAGAAACAACACGGAAUUCCUGCUCAACUUCAUUGCCCUCAUGGAGAAAGUGACCCCUGACUCCAAACAAUGUGACAAUUUGCUCCUUCACAACCUGAUUUUGGACACGGGCAUCAUCAGGCAGCUGGUGGACAAAGUGUGGAAGAACAAAGACUUGAAUACGUACGGCUUUUUGGCUGUAUUUGCUACCACAGACGGAGGAAUCACAAGAGUGUUUCCCAACAAGGCUGCGGAAAGCUGGGAGGAAGACCCCGAGCCGUUUAACGCCAGCUAUUACCGCCGCAGUCUCGACAACAAGGGCUACAUCUUCAGAGCGCCUUAUCGGACAGCCAGAGACGAGCUGCUCAACCCGGAGAAUGACACCAUAGGGAUCCUGGUCAGCACGGCGGUAGAAAUCACUGUCGGAGGGAAGACUAUCAAACCGGCAGUCGUCGGCGUCAAGCUGGAUCUCGAAGCCUGGGUGGAUAAGUUCAAGAUUCUUGCCAGUAACCACACAGACAACCGCCAAGGCCCCAACACGUGUGGACCAAACAGGGUCUGCGAGAUGGACUGUGAAGCCAACAACGACGACCUCCUGUGUUACUUGGUCGACGACGGCGGCUUCCUGAUCAUGUCCAACCAGAAGGAUGACUGGAACAAGGUGGGCAUGUUCUUCAGCGACGUGGACCCCUACCUGAUGUACGCGCUCUACAACAACUCCUUUUACAACCGCAAGCAGUCGUUCGACUACCAGUCGGUGUGCGAGCGCAUGCCCAACAGCGAGGCUGGAGCAGCACGGAGAGGAGUCUUUGUGCCCACGAUUGCAGAUUUUGUUAACCUGGCUUGGUGGACGUCUGCUGCUGCAUGGUCAUUGUUCCAGCAGUUCAUGUAUGGACUGGCUUAUCACAGCUGGUUUGUCACAGAUAAGGUGGAGGCCGAAGGACUGGACUCCAAGGAUCGGAGCUGUGUCAUGAUCCAGACUCAGUACUACCUGAGUAACCUGAGCAGCUCCUUCAACAUGCUGCAGGACUGUGGCAACUGCUCCAGGCUGAUCCACGCCAAGAGGAUAAACAACACCAACCUGUUGUUCGUGGUGGCCGAGAAGAUGCCCUGCAACGCCUGCAAGAUCGAAACGCUGUCCCAGGAGGAGGAGGAGUUCAUGGAGGAGAACCCGUGCGAGGAAAUGACAGUGGCGCGCUACAGAAAAGGGCCCUCCACCUGUUUUGACAACAACAACGCGGAGAACACGUCGGACUGUGGACGGGGCCACUCCUUCCGUCCGUCCCGCGUGGCUUUGCUGCUGAUUCAACUGCUCGUGCUUUACCCUGUCGUCAGCCCUCACGCUCACUCUCUACUUCAUUAAUUUCAUCUGUCUCACACAUACACAUGCACACACACACACGCACACACACCUUAUAGCUGUCCUGUGCUUCUCAUAUGUCCCCAUAUACCCCCCCCCCCCCCCCGCCCACCUCACCAACUCCACCGAAAGUAGUCUUAUAGGCAAUGAUGAGAAGCCCUGAGUGCCGCCGUCUAGCCAGCUUCACUUGUGUGUCCUCAGCCAAGGUCACCCCAUUAACCACACAAGGAGAGACCCCCACGCCCACCCACCAAUCCCCAAAAAAAGAACUCUUUAGACGACGUGUCUCGUGUCAUUAGAAUGACCAACUUUUUAUUUUCAUUUUGUUCACCAACAACAACAAAAUAUUGACUAUAUGUUUAAUUUAUGCACUACUACAUCUAUUUGCCAAAAUGAGAUACUUUCAUGUGGUCUUAUUUUUCUAGCCAAAAAGACAGCAACAACGGCUUAAUGAGAGGGAUUUAAAAAAAAAAUAAUAAUAAUAAUAAUAAUAAUGUUAUUGUCAUAUUCGCUACACUAAGGCUCACGCUCUAAUAACACAGCUGUGACAUUUCAAUUAUUAUUAUUAGUGAGCGGUAUGGUGUGGUGUUAUAUAUUAUCAACAAAAUAAAGAGAACCUCUCUGACCUCCA